AUACGUACGCCCUGUCGCCUUCGUUGGCCUCGCAAUCGAAGCUCAGUGAACGGCCACUGAACGUCCCUUUCGACAUCCAGACUCAAAGACUCGACCCUUCCACACCACAUACAACAUGGCCUCGCAAUUACUUCCUCUCGAGCUCAUCGACAAGUGUGUUGGCUCCCGCAUCUGGGUUGUCAUGAAGGGAGACAAGGAGUUCUCUGGCACUCUUGUUGGUUUCGAUGACUACGUUAACAUGGUUUUGGAGGACGUCACUGAGUUCGACUACUCCGGCAACCACACCAAGUUGAAGAAGAUCCUGUUGAACGGCAACAACAUCUGCAUGUUGAUUCCCGGUGGUGAAGGCCCAAUUGCGGCAUCUGCCUGAUUUGAAGGCUUGAGAGGAUACAUGAGGCAUGGCCGCAUUAGGAAGAAGCAAUCAUCAGCAUAUCACGAAAUAUCAAUGGACGUUUCUUUGCCCUCUGUCGAUCACUUCAAGAAGAAGUCAAUAAUAAUAGGUAAUUCAGACUGAUUCCAAAAACACCUCCAAGGAAAUUGCUGCCA